AUGGACACGGUGGCACACAACUCAGCAGAGCUCUGGAGAUUAAGCCUAAAGUCCAAAAGUACCCAGAGUGAGUUGGGUUUUAACCCUCCUGAAAUCCCGGGAACCAAGGCCCGUGAGGAUGGCAGAGUUACGGGGCAGGAAAGAGCAACAAUGAGACAGACGCACUUCUUGUUCAGGUCACCUUCUCCCCGGUUUCAGAACAAAUUUGGGAAUAUGCCGUUCCCGAUAGCCUUUCUGCUGCUAUACUGUUUGAACGUUGUUCAUGGAGGGUUUUAUCCCGAACGAUACCCAUCGCCAACGGGCAUAAAGGGACCGCCACCCAACGGGAAGACUCAAUUCUUCCUUCCAUACACCAUAAGGAGUCAGGGUGUGCCAGUGAGAGGAGACCAAGGCCCCACCGGCCCACCCGGACCAGCUGGUCCCCGGGGACUUCCCGGCCCUUUGGGACCUCCAGGAAAGCCAGGUUUUGGAAGCCCAGGCCCUCAAGGCCAGCCAGGGGAACCAGGGCCACCAGGACCGUCUGCUGUCGGGAAGCCAGGUCUGCCAGGUCUGCCGGGGAAACCUGGCGAAAGAGGACCUUACGGGGAGAAAGGAGACGCUGGGCCCGCUGGUCUCCCAGGACCCAGGGGACCAAAUGGGCCACCUGGAAUUCCUGGCCCGAAUGGAAUUUCAGUCACAGGGAAGCCAGGGCAGCAGGGGCCAGCAGGGCCAAGGGGCCUCCCGGGGGAGAAAGGAGCCCCGGGCCAGCCUGGCAUGCUCGGCCCAAAGGGAGAAAAUGGGUAUGGGGCUCCUGGGCGCCCAGGGGAGCGAGGACAGCCAGGUUUACAAGGUCCCAUGGGCCCCCCCGGACCUGCCGGGCUAGGGAAGCCAGGGGAAAAUGGGUCCCCGGGGCAGCCGGGAGUCAAAGGGGACCGGGGCCUCCCAGGGGAGAAAGGCCAAGCUGGCAUCCCUGGGCCCCAGGGCCCCCGUGGGGAACCGGGAGUGGCGGGACUUGGCAAGCCAGGGGAUAACGGGAUUCCAGGGCAGCCGGGGGCUCCAGGAACCAAGGGUCACCCUGGCAUUCCAGGCUUGGUGGGGCCCCCUGGGCCGCCGGGGUUGGGGAAGCCGGGAUUACCGGGAAUCAAGGGGCAGAGGGGCCCCGAAGGCCUCCCUGGGACACCCGGUGUCAAGGGGGAGCAAGGCCCGGCGGGUCGCCCGGGAGAGCCGGGGCUGGACGGGCUCCCUGGGAGCACGGGACCUCAGGGACCAAAAGGGAUGCCCGGUGUCCAAGGUCUCCCGGGGCCCAAAGGGGAAGCGGGCCCCACAGGGCCGGCAGGAUAUUCUGGUGCCAAAGGGGAGAGGGGCCUCCCAGGGUUGGAUGGGAAACCGGGUUACGCGGGAGAGCCAGGCCUUGAUGGACCCAAGGGAUCCCCGGGUUUCCCGGGGCCGAAGGGUGAGGCCGGGCCCGGCGGAGCUCCAGGGUUACCAGGCCCGGCGGGAGCAGCGGGAGCUAAGGGAGAAGUGGGGCAGGACGGUGGCCCCGGCCCCAGAGGGUCCCCGGGGAUCCCGGGCUCAAGGGGGCCGGCUGGCCCUCCCGGCACCCCUGGCUUCCCGGGAGCUAAAGGGGACCCGGGAUCCCCAGGGCUGCCCGGCCCAGCGGGCCUGGCCACUAAAGGACUUAAUGGUCCCAGCGGCCCUCCCGGGCUACCCGGUCCCAGGGGCCACGAUGGAGAGCCCGGUCUCCCGGGGCCCCCAGGGCCUCCCGGACCUCCCGGCCCGGCUGCCGUGGCCGAGGGCUUCCUAAAAGCCGGCCAGAGGCCCAGCCUGACGGGAACACCGCUAGGCAGCGCAAACCUGGGCCUGGGGGGAGUGCGUGGGGUGGCGUUCACAGUCAUCCUCUCCAAGGCCUACCCAGCCACGGGCACGCCCAUUCAGUUUGACAAGAUCCUCUACAACAGGCAGCAGCACUAUGAUCCCAGGACCGGAAUCUUCACCUGCCAGGUGCCGGGACUGUACUACUUCUCGUAUCAUGUGCAUGUGAAGGGCACACACGUCUGGGUGGGCCUCUACAAAAAUGGCACGCCCAUAAUGUACACCUACGACGAGUACAAGAAAGGUUACCUAGACCAGGCUUCGGGGAGCGCCGUCGUCGACCUCAUGGAAAACGAUCAAGUGUGGCUGCAGCUCCCCAACACGGAAUCCAAUGGCCUGUACUCUUCUGAGUACGUCCACUCGUCUUUCUCGGGAUUCUUGUUUGCCCAAAUCUAA